UUUCAGAAUGCACACAAUUCCAAUUACAACUGACUCGGCGGCUUCUUGGGAUUGGCCCCUUCAGCAUAACGAUGGUGUCGUGAAGGUGACCAACACUUCGGAGAAAUUCGAAGUUGGACUUGAUGCUGGAUUCUUUGGACCAAAUGAUAUUGAUGUGAAGGUGAACGGAAUCGAAAUUAUCAUUCAUUUGCGACAUGAUUUAUUGCAGAAUCGUCCAACCGAGUACGGAAUCGUCAAUCGUGAGGUUCAUCGUACUUAUAAACUUCCAGAAGAUGUAGAUCCAUCAACUGUUAGAUCUCAUCUCAACUCAUCCGGAGUUCUCACAAUCACUGCCAAUAAACUUUAAAAAUGUUUUAACAUAUUCGAAUUUUUUUUUCUUCUAAAUUUUUAAUUUCUGCUGAAUUCUGCUUGCCAUAAAUGAAUGUACAAAUAAAAGUCAAUAUUUUGGUCUAAAAGCCGAAAAAAAAUUGAUUUUGAAAAUAAAGUACCUCGUAUU